CACCUUCACAAAAAUUGGAAUGGAAAAAAAAAAUAAAAAGGAAGAAAUUUAAAAUAAAAAAAUACAAAUGAAAUGAAAAGCUGCGUCGGCGAAGAAAGAAAGCCCCUCUCUUACGCAAAUUCUCCUCAAAGCAACAAUCAGUCCCUCGCUCUCUCCCUCACUCACUCACUCUCUCUCUCUUCUCUCUCUCACUCACACAAAAACAUCGCCACAAUUGCCAACAAUCAAUUCUCCAUAUACUCAUAGCCCUUACUACCUAUCAAAGCAAACUAUCAAAGCAAACCCAGAGACAUGUCUAGGACAUUAACGAUGGCACCUCUUAUCUCCCUUCUAAUAAUCGCACUUCUUACAACCCCAGCAAUUUCCUCCGUGGACACUUUUGUCUACGGUGGCUGUUCACAACUAAAAUACACACCGGGUUCUCCUUACGAGUCCAACGUCAACUCGCUACUUACCUCCCUUGUUAACUCGGCCACGUUCACCAUCUACAACAACUUCACCAUCAAGUCCCCAACAUCACAGGACACCCUUUACGGUCUCUUCCAGUGCCGGGGAGACCUCUCCAAUGGUGACUGUGCCAGCUGUGUAGCUCGUGCAGUGAGUCAACUCGGCACUCUUUGCCUUGACUCGACCGGUGGCGCCUUGCAGCUUGAUGGGUGUUUCGUAAAAUACGAUAACACGACGUUUCUUGGUGUGGAAGACAAGACGGAGGUGUUGAAGAAAUGUGGGCCGUUGAUCGCGUAUGAUUCUGAUGAGCUGAACAGGCGUGAUGCGGUGAUGGAUUACCUGGGGACUAGUGAUGGGUCCUACAAGCCUUUCAGAAUUGGUGGUUCCGGGGAUAUUUCUGCUGUGGCGCAGUGCGUACAAGAUUUGAGUACGAGCGAGUGUCAGGAUUGUUUGUCUGAGGUGGUCGGACGGCUGAAAACUUACUGUGGGGCCGCUGCCUCGGGGGACUUGUACUUGGCCAAGUGUUAUGUUCGGUUCUCCAAAGCUGGGGCCCACUCCCACGGCGGAAAUGUAGAUCACGACGAAAAUGAUGAGGUCGAGAAGACACUUGCAAUUUUAGUAGGACUUAUUGCUGGGGUUGCAUUGCUCAUUGUAUUCCUUGCUUUCUUAAGAAAAGCUUGUGGAAAAGGAAAAGAACUACUUGUUUAUCUUUCUUUGCAUCUUUAUAGUUCUCUUUACUGUGUUCCUUGAACGUUGUCAAAACUU